UGAUAGCAACUGACAGCGAUUCUCUAUAUCUCCGCAAAGACAACGAACAGAGAUAAUCGACAGCGCUCUGACGUGACUUGGCGGAGAAGCGACUUGUGAAGAAACCAUGAUGGAGGGUGGAGAAGAAGAUCCCUUUAAUUAUGCCUUAUUGGACUGUGUAUUGGACAUGUUUCCAGGAGAUAUGGAAUAUCAACAUAUCCUUAAUGAUCUUGAUGAGAAAUUAAAAGCAAACGCUGAGAGCAUAGAAGAAUGCCUGUCUAGUCUACGUUUGGAAGUUAACGCAGAGGGAUCCAGUGGAAUGCUACAGAACAACACAGACUGUCUCCAGUGGCUGAGUAAUUGCCACCUGAAGCCCCCUGGACUGCCUGAAACUCCCCACUGCCAAGUCAUACAGUUUCUCACAACACUGCAAUAUUUUUUGAAGAAUAAUGAAAAGCAGGAAGAUAUGAUUUUGCAGUUCCUGUCGGACCUCUCCAGUCAGUGCGGUGUCUCCUUUGCGGGCUCUCCCAGUGGAGUUCCCUUUCAUUGUACAUCCCAAGCUUCACUUCAUGUCGUUGAUGACAACUCUUCCAUGGAAGUACAAACUUUAUGGGACGACAUCAGGCUGCACCUACGCCGUUAUUUAGUUUCAAAAUUGCAAGACAAUCUUGACACCUAUAAAACGGAAUCCAAGAUUAAUGUUAAAAUACAAUAUUUGCAACACCUUCUUUUUUUGUAUCCAGAAUCCGAGGUUCUUCUGAAGUAUCAGAACAUUCAGCAAGGUCAUGUGGUGCGUCUUCUACGUAACCAUAGCAAUGGAACCAUUGAAAUGGUGCUUAAGGAUUACCAAGAUACUCUCUCCAAGGUGUAUUCCAUGAUAAAUGAGGAUUUGUUUGUGUUAAGUCAUAUUGUAGAUUCUCAGUUAAUAAUGACGUUUAUCAAUGAGACUUUCUUUGAAUGCAUCACAGAAGAAAUGAAAAUGUUUUUUGAACUGCUUUGUGAGACCAACAACCAGGAACACUCGCUCCCUCAAAAGCAAAGCAAGAAGAAGAAUAAACAAAGAGUUCAUGCCUUUGGCCCUGCUGCAGAAGAUCACCCAAGAACAACAUCAGAUAAAUAUUUAAUUUUGAAUCAGCUUAAAUCAUUAUCAAAAUAUCUCAAACUUCUUUUAUGGCUGGAAGAAAAAGUAGCAGAAUCAGCUUCUGAAAUAUUGUUUAUAUCCUCGUCUACUGAAGUAAAGGGAAGCGUACAAGGAGUUUUGAAAAGUGAUUGCAGCGAGAGUAAACCAAAGGAUACCUAUACAUGGGAUGAUGGUUCUCUCCCUGUGUUGAUGCCUUGUGUGUUGCAGCCUGCCUUGAAAUUUGAGUGGAGAAACUCCUUGAAAGCCUGGAUGGAUUCUCUUCUGCAAUGCUUACCAGCCGAAGUAGAAGAUUUUACUAUUCAGAUCCUGCAUUCAUCCAGUAAUAGCUCUGUGAUCAGCCUUGUCAGUGUCACCGAAUCGUACGAGUUCUACGGAGACAUUUCUGAGGAGCACAAACCAAAAAAGAUUGCAAAGUUUUGUUUUGACGUCACAGAAGAAUUUGACACAUUACUUCCCUUGGCUCUGGCUGGCAAACAUGAUGCGUUGAAGGAAAUAAAGACAUGUUUUGUGGAUUCCUUCAGCAAAGUAGCAGCUCUGAUCCUAACCAGGUUGGAAGAGUGGCUAAUGGAAGUCCCGUCUCUAGCCCCGCUACACGCCAUGAUUGGUGCCGUAGCCACAGCUACCCAUGUCCUUCAUCACUUCAAACACUACAGUGAUCAAAUGAGCAAAAAACCCUUGUUUCCAGCUAAUGUCCAGCGAUAUCAGGAAUUCAUCAGCAGUCUCCAGACUCAAAUUACAAAUUACUGCAUCAACAUUUGUGCUACAAGCCUUCUUCAGGAUGCGGAGAGUCAUCACUGGGAUGACAAGAAAGCGUUUUAUGAGGGGGAAAGAUGUUCAUUCUCCAUCCAGAUGUGGCAUUACUUCUGUUGUGGACUUCGUCAUGAUCUGUGGACUGUGCUGCCCCCCGUAAUGGCUCAGAAGAUACUUACAGAAGUGUUGGAGGAGACUUUGGCCUUGCUGACGUUCAGAUACGCCCAAGUUCUUCCAAACUACAAACGUGCAUCACAGAUACGAAUUGACAUUUUGGCUAUAUUUUCAUGUGUGGAAGACUUGCUAUGGUCCGUUUGCAGUUCCAUUCAAGAUGUUUUACAGCCACCACAGCACCCUAACACGAUUUUCAAGAUACAUAAUCACUGUAAUAAUCUUCUGACCAUACUAGCCAUCUUGACAGCGCCCCUGAAGACGUUACAUGAAAUCUCCAAGAAUAUUUUCGAUGGAUUGAAUUCAAACCCCGCCGAAGCAGCACCUUCAGAUCACUUACAAUGGCUUGUUUUUAUUAAACCAGAUAUCUUCACUCCUUUGGUUAGAACUCCAUCAGCAGGAGAAAUGGCAGUCCAGGGUCAGCUUAAAAUGCUCUUAUCCCAACCGUGCUGUAAUUGGAACUUGCUUCUGGAGACGCUACUGCGCCCUGAUUGUCUCAUUGCAAGAACUUUGCUGACUUCCUCAAUCCUUGAAACUAGCGAUGAUGACACAUUAUUACUGGAAAGAGAGUUCUGCAAAGACCUGAAUGUAACAGAAGGGAUCCUUACCAUGUUCUCCCUCUGUACCCUGUCACCUAAAUCUUUUACUCAGCUUCUUGAAAAGUACAUGGAUGAUGAAAACCUGUGGGAUUUCCUGUGCAGCCAACCAGAUCAUGAUCACAGAAAUUCCUUGCCCCAGGUGAUCAAAUACUUGAAUAGAACCCUGAUGAGAUCUGUUGUGGGGACAGUGAAGCAGGUAACCUCACUCGUUCUAUCCUGCGACCCGGUGGAUCGGGAGGGACACAAGUACAUUGUUCCUGAAAGUCUGCUCAAGGCAGUACCCGAAAAAUGGAAUUUUGUGCCAAGAAAAACGAAGAAGAACAGUUCUUCGAAAUGCAUCACAAGAUUGACAGCGGAAGCAGUUUCCAUUGUUCUCAGCAAGCUUCCUUCAAUAAUUGCAUGCCUGCCUCCUCCAAUAAAAUACUUCUACUUGUUCACCGAGAGAAAAAUAUCAGAACAGUACUCUGUGCUAAAAGAGACAGGAAUACUCGUUGGCAACUUAAUUGGCAUUAUAUGUCGUGUACUAGAAGACGGAGAGGCUGUAGAACGCCUGACAUGUUGCGUGUUGUCUCGAUGGAGUAAAGAGAAACUUACUGCCAUUGGUGGAUGCUUGGAGAAGACAAUUGGAAAAAACAUCAGUGAAGCCAAUAACGUUGCACAAAAAGUCUUAGAAAACAUUGAGAAAACACAACCAAAAUGGAUCGAAAACCAAUUGAAAAAAGCUAAAAUGUUGAGCAUGGAAGGUGACUUUGCUCUACAGGAAGACCAUGGCCGGUUCAAAUUGACUGAGCAGAAAAUAAACGUGAUGGUCUUGAAUAUCUGCCACAAACCAGGUGGCAGUGAGUUCCUGAGGCAAAUGUAUCAUAUCAUCCAGCUCAAUGAGGAGUGUCUGAAUGAGAUGAUAUCUGUCAAGGAUCCAGAGAAGGGCUCACUGCAACCAGGAGCUUUCCAAAUGGUGUGGACCAGCACAGAAAAGGAGUUACGCUUUAACCCUCUGCGCAUGUUCACUCUUCCCAAUGAAGCUCUACUAGCUCAGAGUACUUCAGAUGAAUGGUGUUGUGACUGGUCUACACUGCUUCCUGGUUGUUUGGAUGUGAAUCCAGUAACGUUCAGUGCCCUGCUUCAACACAGGUGGGAGGCCAGAGAUGAAGAGAAUCUCACCGAGGAAGAGAAAAUUCUCCUUGAAGAUUUGAAACAAAUUACUUUAAACGAAAGUCCAUCAUCUUUAAACAAAUGACAUCAUCAGCACAAGUUUCCUGCUUCUUAACAUAUUUAUUGCCACAUUAAUGCAGUGGCUCAAUGUUACAAAAACAAUGUUGGUUUUACCUUUCAUGGGGGGAUUGAUGUGAGCAGCUCAAACAUUUUGGACAUUCUAUUGUUUGCUAUAGGGGCUUAGAAAGGAGUUAUAGAGCAGUUGUAAUAAAAUAGCAGUUCUAAUAAAGUAAGUAUUUAUUCAGGUUUUUUGUUAUAUUGCUGUGCAAAUCAAUUCCUACCUGUUUAAUAAGACAACUGCAUUUGUAUAUUU